AUGAAAGUCAAUUCUCAAGUGCAUAAUGAAAGCACUUUAAGUGCAGAGAAUACUGAUUCCUCCUCUUCUCUAGAUCCACAAUACAUAUACAUCGACAAGAACAUUGAUGAAGAAUUAAUUUGUCCCAUUUGUUUUCUUCCCUUUAUCGAUCCAACCUCACACGGAUCUUGUGGCAGCACCUUCUGUUCCACCUGUGUUGAAAAUGUUCAUGAUUGUCCAAUUUGUAGAGGUGAAGAUUUCAAGAAGAAUUGUUCAAGUGUGAAGAGUAUUAAAAACAUGUUGGACAAAUUGGAAGUUCAAUGUCGAAUGUGUAAGAAUGUAGUCUUGAGGGGAGAAUUGAAAAUCCACCAGGAAAAGUAUUGCUCCUUUCUGGAGGCGUAUUUUGAGGCAGAUGAAUUAAAGAGGAAACUUGAGGGUGAUUAUCAAGAAAAACUCAAGAGUUUACAACAAGAUUAUCAAGAAAAAUCAGAUGAGUUGGAAAGGAAAUAUGAAGAAUUGAAUCAAAAGUUGACUAAUGAUACCAAAAAACUUGUUGAGGAAAUUACAAGUGGUUUCAAUGAAAAGAAAGAAACGUUGCUUCAAGAAUGGAAUCAAAGAAAUGAAAUAUUGACUCAACAAUUGGAAUUGAAAGAGAAAAACUUUGCGAACCAAGUUUAUACUAGAGAGAAAUUGGAAAAUUGCAACAAACCAAUUCACUUAAAUGUCAGAGGAACUGUCAUUACAGUUGCAUUGGGAGAUUUCAUUCAUAAUGACAGAGAAUCUGACAAUGUAUUCAAGAAAAUGUUCACAGGUGAAUAUCCAUGUUAUCAAACAUCUUUUAAUUCAAAAUUCGAUGCCCCAAUUUAUUUCAUUGAUUGUGAUUUAACUGUAUUUUAUUCAAUCCUUAAUUGGCUAAAGUUUGGAAUUGUGGAAAAGAGCAUUGAUGUUAAAUUUAAACUAUUGCUUGCUGGUUCAUGUCAACAAUUUGGCAUUCAACACCUUCGAAAGAAUUUACUUCAAUAUUCCAAUCUACGUGGGACUGAAUUUUGUGGAUAUGAUUUCAGUGGAAUGGAUUUGAAUUUGACACAAUUUCAAGGAAGUAAUCUGAAAGGGUGUGAUUUCAAUCAUUGCACUUUAUCAAACACCAAUUUUCAAAAUUGUGAAUUGAGUGGUUGUAAUUUUUCAAACAGUUUUAUGAAAUCUUGUGAUUUCACUGGUUCAAAUAUUAGAGAUUGCAACUUGGAAAAUGUAAAUUUGAUGAAUGGUAAUGUAUUCAAUAAUUGUACUAUCAAGAAUGCAGAUUUGAGAGAAGUGACAGAUUUAUCUUCUUUUAAAGGAAGUAGUUUUGAACAAGUUGAAUUUCAACUUUUAACUUCCUUAAAAGGAACAAGUAAUGUUUUCACAAAUAUUAAGGGUUUCAUUCCUUUCACUUUGAUAUCUAAUAUUAUUAAUGAAAUUUAUUAUGAUGAUACGAAUUCAGACACCAUUUCAAAAGAAUUGUAUUCGAAUACUGGCACUCAAUUAGUUCCACAAUUAUUAUACAGAGGAUCAAGGGAUGGUUUUAAAGCAAUUGACUUUCAUUCAAAGUGUGAUAACCAAGGUGCAACUUUGACAAUUAUCAAAUCGGCAGAGCACAAUCAAAUAUUCGGUGGUUUUACUUCAAAAUCAUGGAAAUCUCCUAAACAAAGAGAAGUUGUGGAAGAUAGUUCAGCAUUUAUUUUCAAAUUUGUAAAGGAAUCAGGAGCACAAUUUCAUAAAUUCAAGAGAAGUUCCUUUACAUUGCGGAAUGCUACCGUUUUACAAGAAGGUUUAUUACCAACCUUUGGUGUUAUGUUACUCAAACCAGGUCAUGAUUUUACAAUUUCAAGUGAUUGCAAUUUAAACUACAAUUCAAAAUCCAAUUUUGGUAUAGCUUUUGAAUUGCCAAAAGGAUUCCAAGAAAGAAAUGAACAAACUGAAAGUUAUUUGGCUGGAAGUCACCAGUUCAGAGUUGAGGAAAUUGAAGUUUUCAAAAUAACUCUAUAA